UCUCCCCUCCCUCCCUCUCUCUCUCUUUUUCCUUUUAAAACAAUCUGCUGGAAGAUGGCGGCUACCAACGGGACGGGCACCAAGUGUAAGCCUUUCCCGGAGCUGGAUUUUCGGUCUGGCGCCAGGAUGGAGGAGCUGAACCGCCUGAUCCUGGAGUUCAGCAAACACGACCAGAGGGAGUACGAUGAUCAGAGGGCACUGGAGGUGCACACAGCCAAAGACUUCAUCUUCUCCAUGUUGGGAAUGGUACAGAAGUUAGACCAGAAGCUGCCUGUGGCUAACGAGUACCUGCUGCUGUCUGGUGGUGUGAGGGAGGGGGUUGUGGACAUGGACCAGGAGGACCUUAGCGUCUACGCCAGAGGCACCGACUAUGACAUGGACUUCACCCUGCUGGUGCCCGCCCUCAAACUCCACGACCGUAACCAGCCAGUGACCCUGGACAUGCGUCACUCUACCCUGUGCCACUCCUGGCUCAGCCUGCGCCUCUUCGACGAGGGAACCAUCAACAAGUAAGACUGCUGCACCAUCGUGGAGCACAUCAACGGGGCCAGCAACUACUUCUUCUCCCCCACCAAAGUGGCCGACUGGUUCUACGACUCGACCACGGUGGUCCUGGGCGAAAUCCAGAGGAAGCCCCAGCGGGGGAUGCCCAGGGUGGAGCAGGUGGAGAAGAACGGGACGGUCAUCACCGUCAUCCUGGGCGUGGGCUCUAGCCGCAUGCUGUACGACAUCAUCCCCGUGGUCUCCUUCAAGGGCUGGCCGGCCGUGGCCCAGAGCUGGCUGAUGGACAACCACUUCUGGGAUGGCAAGAUCACCGAGGAGGAGGUGAUCAGCGGCUUCUACCUGGUGCCCGCCUGCUCCUUCACGGGCAAACGGGAGAACGAGUGGCGCUUGUCCUUCGCCAGGAGUGAGGUCCAACUCAAGAAGUGUAUCUCCAGUAGCCUGAUGCAGGGUUACCAAGCGUGCAAGGCCAUCAUCAUGAAGCUCCUCUCUCGACCCAAAGCCAUCAGCCCCUAUCACUUGAGGAGCAUGAUGCUGUGGGCUUGUGACCGCCUCCCGGCUACCUUCCUGGUGCAGGACGAGUUUGCUGCUCACUUUCUCCUGGGUCUCAUUGACGACCUUCAGCAUUGCCUGGUGAACCGUUCCUGCCCCAAUUAUUUCAUCCCCCAGUGUAACAUGUUCGAGCACCUCUCCGACCAGACGGUCAUCCUCCACGCCCGCAAGCUCUCGUCCGUGCGCUCUGACCCCACCGAGCACCUGCGGACCGCCAUUGAGCACGUCAAGGCCGCCAACCGGCUGACCCAGGAGCUGCAGCGGAGGGGCAGCGCCCCCAACACACCCUCCCCACAGUCUGACGGCAGCACGGGAGACGGGAGACAACCAGACGAUCGUCUGGCCAAAAAACUGCAGCAACUGGUGACGGAAAACCCGGGCAAGUCCAUUUCCGUGUUCAUCAACCCGGACGACGUGACCAGACCCCACUUCCGAAUCGACGAUAAGUUCUUCUGAGGCCGGAAGGGGCAGUGGAACAUCUGGUGGUUCUGAAGCCCUCCAACCCAGCCUAGCACAGCACUGCUCUAACGCCCACCUACUCCUCCCACACACCCCCAGGAUAAAAGAAUCAAGGGACACCCUCGCAAUUGCCUUUCAAACCUAGUCUGGUCUGGCGUUGUCUGUGCACUAAAGGAUUUGAGGAGCGGUGAGAACCCACCAGAGAUGGAGCCUGUUGGGAAGUCAUUGUUUUGCCACUCUUCCCUCCCGUGGUGUGUUUGGGUUUGUUGUGUUGGGAGUGUCUGAUGGCCCUGUUGCUGAAUAGCUGUUCUUCAAGAGUUUGGAUCCUUUGCAAAACAUGCCACGUGCGCUCGCAUUCGAGCCAGGCUGAUAGCGCUAACCAUCACGAUCCCGUCCUCUCUCUCCGCGCUGGCCUCUCUGGGACCGAGCAGCGCGUCUCCCGUUUGCUUUCACUUACGAUGGGCUGCGGGUGUGGGGCGUGGUUGGGGUUGGGGGGUCGGGAGAGACAGGAGUGGGGAGAGAAUGUCGGGGGAAUUCAGACACCCAUCCGGAUUUUUUCUAAAACACGCAGCCUGGAAGCUGAUGACUCGAUACUGAUGCCUCCAGGACAUUGAUGGUCUUAAACCUCAACAGGGGGUGGGGUGGGGGUGGUGAGUGGUGUGUGUGUGUGUGUUUGAGGGGGAAAUCCCCAUAAGCUGCUCAGUGCAUUUAUAUCUAGUGAGGACACUGGAGUCCAGCUUGCACUCUAACAUAUCUUAUACCUGGUUUAAGAGCCGGGAGGGUUCAGUCACCCUUGUCCCAUAAUCUGUCACAAGAUCUGGCUUUCGUGAAAUGGCACAUCCUUAUAGCAUCAUCCACUGUGUCUAACUUACUCCAGCCCGGGUGUCUGACACAGGCGGAAACCCAUCACCAUGCUUUAGCGUAUCCAA